AUGAUGGUGGAAUCCGCCUCGGAGACAAUCAGGUCGGCUCCCUCUGGUCAGAACGGCGUGGGCAGCAUCUCUGGGCAGGCGGAUGGCAGCGGCGGCGGGGCCGGGACAGUGGGCUCUGGCGGCACGGGCAGGGACUCGGCGGCCGGAGCAGACAGCAACGGCGAGAUGAGCCCGGCGGAGCUGCUGCACUUCCAGCAGCAACAGGCUCUCCAGGUGGCCAGGCAGUUCCUGCUGCAGCAGGCCUCCGGCCUGAGCUCCCCGGGCAACAAUGACAGCAAGCAGUCGGCCUCUGCUGUGCAGGUGCCUGUGUCGGUGGCCAUGAUGUCGCCGCAGAUGCUUACCCCCCAACAGAUGCAGCAGAUCCUGUCGCCCCCACAGCUGCAGGCCUUGCUCCAGCAGCAACAGGCACUCAUGCUGCAGCAGCUGCAGGAAUACUAUAAGAAGCAGCAAGAGCAGCUCCACUUACAGCUCCUCACCCAACAGCAGGCUGGGAAGCAGCAACCCAAAGAGGCACUGGGGAACAAGCAGCUGGCCUUCCAGCAGCAGCUCCUGCAAAUGCAACAGUUGCAGCAGCAGCACCUGCUCAACCUGCAGAGACAGGGGCUGGUCAGCCUGCAGCCCAGCCAAGCCUCAGGGCCCCUCCAGACCCUCCCGCAAGCAGCCGUGUGCCCGACGGACCUGCCCCAGCUGUGGAAGGGCGAGGGUGCCCCCGGGCAGCCCGCCGAGGACAGCGUCAAGCAGGAGGGGCUGGACCUCACCGGCUCAGCCACCACCGCUACCUCGUUUGCCGCCCCCCCCAAAGUCUCACCCCCCCUCUCCCACCACACCCUGCCCAACGGACAGCCCACUGUGCUCACACCUCGGAGAGACAGCUCCUCCCACGAGGAGACGCCAGGCUCCCACCCCCUCUACGGACAUGGAGAGUGUAAGUGGCCAGGCUGUGAGACACUGUGUGAAGACCUGGGCCAGUUUAUUAAACACCUCAACACAGAGCACGCCCUGGAUGACCGGAGCACAGCCCAGUGCCGGGUGCAGAUGCAGGUGGUACAGCAGCUGGAGAUCCAGCUCGCCAAGGAGAGUGAGAGGCUGCAGGCCAUGAUGGCCCACCUGCACAUGCGGCCCUCCGAGCCCAAGCCCUUCAGCCAGCCACUGAACCCGGUCCCCGGCUCCUCCUCAUUCUCCAAGGUGACCAUCUCUGCAGCAGACUCAUUCCCAGAUGGUCUCGUGCACCCCCCCACCUCGGCCGCUGCCCCUGUCACGCCCCUACGGCCCCCUGGCCUCAGCUCUGCCUCCCUGCACAGCGGGGGCCCCGCCCGCCGGAGGAGCAGUGACAAGUUCUGCUCCCCCAUCUCCUCAGAGCUGGCCCAGAAUCAUGAGUUCUACAAAAACGCUGACGUCAGGCCCCCCUUCACCUACGCCUCCCUCAUCCGCCAGGCCAUUCUGGAAACCCCUGACAGGCAGCUGACCCUGAAUGAGAUCUACAACUGGUUCACCAGGAUGUUCGCCUAUUUCCGGAGAAACACUGCCACCUGGAAGAACGCUGUGCGGCACAACCUCAGCCUGCACAAGUGCUUUGUGCGCGUGGAGAACGUCAAGGGCGCCGUGUGGACUGUGGACGAACGCGAGUAUCAGAAGCGGAGGCCACCAAAGAUGACGGGGAGCCCCACCCUGGUGAAGAACAUGAUCUCGGGCCUCAGUUACGGAGCACUUAAUGCCAGCUACCAGGCUGCGCUGGCCGAGAGCAGCUUCCCCCUCCUCAGCAGCCCCGGCGUGCUGAACCCGGGCUCCGCUGGCAGCCUCCUGCCCCUCAGCCACGAUGAAGUGGGUGCCCCCGUGGAGCCGCUCCCCAGCAAUGGCAGCAGCAGCCCCCCUCGCCUCUCCCCGCCCCAGUACAGCCACCAGGUGCAGGUGAAAGAGGAGCCGGCCGAGGCGGAGGAAGACAGGCGGCCGGGCCCUCCUCUGGGCCCCCCCAACCCCAGCACCGCGGGGCCUCCAGAAGACAGGGACCUGGAGGAGGAGCUGCCGGGAGAGGAACUGUCCUAAGGGCCUCUAGGGGCAGGCAGGGCAGGGGUGAGACCCCUCCCUCCGGAACCCAGGCCCCACCUACCCCCACUCCUCAGCCCCGCCCAAACCUCAAGGCACUUCCAGGACUCAGAUGGGGGGGCUGGGCCAGCAACUCCCAAUGUGACCUGACUGACAGACGCUCGGGGGCGGGGACGGCUCCGCCCCCGAGGGGACACAGAACCCCUGGUCUGGGACCGGCAGAGGACACGGAGGGCCCAGACCCUUCCUCAGACCCUCCCCUACAUCUGAAUACCACCUCCCCCCCCCAACCACCAGCAGCAGCAGGGCCCUCCUCCCCCACCAGCUCUCCCCUACAGGGCCCCUCAGCGCCAUGGAGACCCGCAGGCGGGGCUAAGCCACCCCUCUGAAACCCAGGGCCCCUCGCACCUGGCUCUGGCAGUGUGUUCUGGCCAGAGGCCCCCCGCUUUCCUAAUUUGUGCUCCCUUCCACCUUCUUUUCCGUACUGUGAAGAAAUCUCCCGGCUGCCCGAACUCCCGACCCUGCCCCGGCCUAGGGCGGCGGAGCUGAAGUUUAAGACCAUCCCCAGAAGAAACCGGCCCCCUCAGCUGCGCCCACUCAAAGGCCACAGCUGGGGCAGGACAAGUUGUGUGCCCUGUUGGGGGGUUGGUGGGAGCCAGGCUGUCCGGCUCCAGCCCCUGCCCCUGCCCUCAACCUGAGACAGAACCCAGGCUGAACCGGGCCUCUCUGCCCGCUUCACUGGGUGCUCCUCACCGGCCCCCCACAACCGGGAGCAGAGCAAGAGGCCCAG